ACGCACAAAAGUUGGCUUUUUUACGCAAAUGGAGUCAACAAAGUUGUUCUUCCUACUCUCGUUCUUCGUCUCCCUCAUGAUAGGGCAAGGAUUAGGUGGCCAUUAUCCUCUCCGCCAGCAUUUCGAGGUAAGCAAUAAAUUGCUUGUGUUUGGGGAUUCCUACGUUGACACUGGCAAUGAGCCUUCCGAGCAGAGUUUCAUCAACUAUCCAUAUGGGAUGACCUUUCCCGGUAAACCUGAUGGACGUUACUCUGAUGGUUAUGUCCUCACAGAUUAUUUUGCGAGUUUUCUAGGCCUUGAGUCUCCAAUCCCAUACAUGCAACUGUAUGCAGUAAGUCGGCCAGAGUUGAAAGAUGGUGUCAACUUUGGUGUUGGUGGAACGGGUGUGUUUGAAACACUAGUUAGUGGACCAAACAUCACUAGGCAAAUUGACUUCUUAGAAGAACUUAUUGAUAACUCUACGCUUACUCCACACUACAUUGACUCUUCCAUAGCACUUGUCUCUAUAUCUGGCAAUGACUAUAUGACUUAUCUUGUACGGAAUAUUUUAGAUCUCGUGGGAUUUAUCAAGGGUAUAAAACCUUUCGUUAGGUCAAUGGUGGACGAGACCAUAGAGAACUUGAAACGCAUCAAUAGCUUGGGAGUGAAGAAAGUAGUGGUAACAGCAUUAGGCCCUGUGGAAUGUGUCCCAUUUAUGACAUUUCUUAUAUCAUAUGAGCAAUGCUUUCCCGUUCUAAGUUUAGUGGCCGAUUACCACAACAUUUUGUUACGACAAGCCGUGGACAGAUUGAACAGGGAAGCAACUAAUGAUUCUCAUUUCAGCAUUCUGGAUCUCCAUGGUGCCUUCUCCUAUAUAAUCCAAAACAAAGGAUACCCUGAAGGUAACAUAACGUUUCCAACUCCGUUGAAACCAUGUUGCACAGGAGUAUGUGGACAGGUAGAUAGAGAAGGGAAUAAGUUGUAUGAAUUAUGCGAAGAUCCUAAGUCAGCCUUCUAUUGGGACUUUGUUCAUCCUUCACAUGAAGGAUGGCUUGCUGCGUUUAGCUACUUGACCGACACUGAUCUCAAGAAGUCUUACUAAGAUCACCUAAUUAAUGGCUUUGAAGAAGAAACGCUGUGUUAUUAUCUAAUCUAAGUACGUGAUGAUCAUGGUUUAAUAUAAUGUAAGUGGUCAAUCAUGUUUUAUUUUCUCUACUUUGCUUUGCGUCAGUGUGGAUUGUAGUAUCUCUAUGAAUAAAAGCUUCUUUAUUAAGUGAGCAAAUUGAACUCUUUAUGUAGUGGAUUA